GGGCGGGUCGGGGCGGCAGUCCGCAAGCUCGGCCGCGCUCGCAGGGCACCGCGCAGCACCGCAGCCGCAGCGCAGAGCAGCCGAGCCGGGCAGCGGCGGCGGGCAGGACCGGCCACCAUGAUCGCUUUGUUCAACAAGCUGCUGGACUGGUUCAAGGCCUUGUUCUGGAAGGAGGAGAUGGAGCUGACGCUGGUGGGGCUGCAGUAUUCGGGCAAGACCACCUUCGUCAACGUCAUCGCGUCAGGACAGUUCAAUGAGGACAUGAUUCCAACAGUGGGCUUCAACAUGCGCAAAAUCACCAAGGGGAAUGUGACCAUCAAGCUCUGGGACAUCGGGGGACAGCCUCGCUUCCGCAGCAUGUGGGAACGAUACUGCCGUGGAGUCAGUGCCAUCGUGUACAUGGUGGAUGCCGCUGACCAGGAAAAAAUCGAGGCCUCAAAGAACGAACUCCACAACUUACUGGACAAGCCUCAGCUGCAAGGCAUCCCGGUCUUAGUCCUGGGAAAUAAGCGAGACCUCCCAGGGGCGUUGGAUGAGAAAGAGUUGAUUGAGAAAAUGAAUCUGUCUGCCAUCCAGGACCGAGAGAUCUGCUGCUAUUCAAUUUCCUGCAAAGAAAAGGACAACAUCGACAUCACCCUACAGUGGCUUAUCCAGCACUCGAAGUCGCGGAGAAGCUGAGACUGCGGGCCCACCCUUGGCCAAGGAACCGCCAUCCUCCAAACUCGAAGCUGAGCUCCUCACCUGCCCGUCCCUUCUCUUCUCCAACCCUCCCCCCACCUGCCUCCUUUGCCUCCCCCAGGCAGGGGCCGGGUUAUCUGGGGAGCCCAGAGUCCUGUUCUGCUGAGGUUUGAACUCCUGUUUUUAUUGUAAAGAAACUCUCCACCUUCUCCCUCUUUCUUUCUUUCUCUCUCUCUUUCCC